CGUCUCAUUGUGAAAAUGACUAUACUAUACUAUAAAAUUAUUAUUUUCGUGCUGUGUUUCGUGUCGAGCAGUUUUGGUGCGAAUGUUUUAAUAAUUUUUUCUCAGCCGGCGAAGAGCCAUUACAUACUGGGAAAUGGUUUGGCAACAGGACUGGCGAAACGUGGAUUUAAUGUAACUAUUGUGAGUCCUUUUGAAGAAAAACAUCCACCGGAAAAUUAUCACCAAAUAGUGUUGGAUGGAGUUGUAGAGAAGAUGGAGGAAAACUUAAUUAAGGGAAAUUUCAACGUAUUUGAAUUCGGUGACACCUCACCAAUGCUUCAAUCCUUAAUUUUGAAUACCAUGAGUACCGAAUUUGCGAAUCAAUUUUUCGCACACCAAAAGGUGCAAAAUCUGCUGAAAUCCGAAGAACAUUUUGACGUCGUCGUGAUAGAACAAUUUUUAAACGAUGCCACGAAGAUCUUUGCGCAUCACUUUAAAGCGCCCUUAAUAAUUGCCAGCAGCCUAGGACCGAAUAUCUGGGUAAAUGAUUUGGUGGCAAAUCCUGAACCACCCGCUUAUGUGCCGAAUGUAUUUUUGAAUUUUAAUGACGAAAUGGGUUUUACUGAACGACUUUACAAUUUUCUGUUUGGAAUUUUUUGCCAAUUGAAUACGCAUUUUGUGGUUUAUCCUACCCAAAGUAAAAUACUGAAGAAAUAUUACCCCAUCGGUCCAGAUCUCGACGGCAUUAUCUAUAAUGUGUCACUGGUGUUCCUUAAUUCGCACGAAAGUAUCAAUGAACCUGUACCGAUAGUUCCAAAUAUGGUUCACAUAGGAGGGUAUCAUGUAACUCCACCUAAAAAGCUACCGAAAGACUUACAACACUUCUUGGAUAAUUCAAAAGAAGGAGCGAUAUAUUUUAGUUUGGGUUCCAAUGUAAUUCCAUCCCAAAUGCCUAACGCUACGAGAGAUGCAAUUUUGAAGGUUUUGGGAUCGAGGAAAGAAAAAAUUUUAUGGAAAUGGGAUCAGGAUUCAUUACCUAAUCAACCCCCAAAUUUCAAGCUGUCCAAAUGGUUUCCCCAGCAGGAUUUACUAGCGCAUCCGAAUAUUAAACUGUUCAUCACUCAUUGCGGUCUACUAAGCACCACGGAGACGAUUUACCAUGGAGUACCAAUCCUCGGAUUUCCCGUUUUCGGAGACCAAAAGUUGAAUGCUGCGCGCGCUGCCACUCUCGGGAUAGGAAAAUUCAUCGAUUUUUCUAAAAUAAAUGAAAAUAAUUUGGAGGAAGCUCUAAACGAAGUAUUGGAUAAUCCUAAAUACUUGCAGAACGCAAAAUAUAGAUCCCAGCUAAUGCACGACCGUCCAGUUAAACCUAUGGACUUGGCCGCAUACUGGGUCGAUUACGUCAUAAGGCACAAGGGGGCGCCACAUCUGCGGGUUGCGGGAGUCAAGUUACCAUUGUACAAAUAUUUGAUGCUAGACGUUCUCGCAGCAAUAUUUGCUAGUAUUUUUACGCUUUUUUAUUUGGUUUACAGAAUUGUGAAAUACUGUAGGGCUCCAAGCGUAAAAGAGAAGCAACAUUAAGUUCCAAAGGAAUAACUUUCACGCUUGCUUUGUGAUAUUGAAAUGAUAUAUUGAGCUGUAUUAUUUUGCGUUAGACGUAGCGCUCUAAAAAGGAUUUAUUAACUUAUUAAAUAGCAAAAUUAUAUAAUUGUUAUUAUUUUUUAGUUCCUCGAUGGUUAUUUAUUACAUAUAUACAUAGUUCCCCACUGUGACCGUCCAUCA